CGUGCAUGUCAACUCAACUGACAUUUCCUUUUCCUCAACUGACAACGCCAUGGCAGGUUGAGUGAGCAUGGACAUCUCCAUAUCGUGCACCAUCAAGGGCCCUCUCUGACUAUCACUCUCACUCUCACUCUCACUAUGAUUCUCACCUUCACUCUCAUUCGACUCCCUCACGUUCGCUUUCAUUCUCACGUACUCUCACCAUCAAGCUCACUCUUCCUCUCCUUCUGUCUCUGAGAGCCCUUCAGUGUAGUUAGUCUCUACCAGCACAACAGGCAACCCAGGUGUCGUACAGACACUCGUCAUGGAUAUCAAUCCACAUGUUGACUAGCGCCCGGAAUAGCCCACACUGUUGGAGCCUGUCCAAUAUGUUUGCAUCACGCACACCCGCGUAAGCGCAGUCGGCACUCGCCUGUUGUCGUCGUCAAGGAGGUCUUGGUCUGCUUCCCCCCCGUCGUGCCCCUCGCCAUCAUCCCUGCAGCGUGGAAGCGAAUCUAUUGGCUUCUUCCCCUAGGCCAUGUCUUCCAGAUGCCUCCGCCCACCACUCGCAAUACACCAAAGCCAAGACCGCUAAACCACAUGCUACACCCAUGAUCCCACAUCCCAGCCUUGCCUGUCUCCCGCAUACGCGAGAUCCCCCCUCCCCAUGUUUAUCCCCACCACCUGGCCGAAUAUGAUUGUCCUGCGUAUAAUUGAAACUUUGGCGGAGCGGCGAGAGUGGUCCUUUCAAUCUUGACCCGAUGGAGUUGAGAGCAGCCUAGGAGGAAGAGGAAGCCAACGGCGCAAAGAGCCGUCUUGGGAAGCUCGUCCAACCCUACGAUGCCCUCCCGUAUAUAUCGCCUCGCCUGCCCGGCCUUGACCUGCUCUGCUUCCUCUUCUUACGAUCCAUAGUGUUCAGCUUCACUUGACUUGUGUGUCUAUCUCAUUCCUUCCUUCAACUUUCGUCGUUCUUUUCACUUGACCAGGUAGUCAUUCAUUCUUUUUUUCGGUCCUAGACCUUCCAAACAACACUCAUUUUCCAAACAACCGACCACGAUAUUCUCACAGUCAAGCCUCCGGCACCUUUUCCAACAAACCAACUCUCCCCAAACAAAAAACAAAACACCAAACCGCCAACAUGAAGUCCACUAUCGCCUCCCUUCUUGGAUCCGCAGCCCUGGUGGCUGCUCACGGUUUCGUCGACAAUGGUCUGAUCGGCGGUGAGAACUACACCUUCUACCAGCCCUACCAAGACCCGUACUCCAGCCCUGCCCCCGAGCGCAUCUCCCGUCCCAUCCAGGGCAACGGCCCCGUUGAGGACGUCACCAGCAUCGACAUCCAGUGCGGUGGCUACACCGCCGGCGGCAUCGAGGGCUCCACGCCCGCCAAGCUCGUCGCCAAGGCCGCCGCCGGCGAGGAGGUCACCCUCAACUGGACCCUCUGGCCCGAGUCCCACGUCGGCCCGACCAUCACCUACAUGGCCAAGUGCCCCAGCGACGACUGCACCUCGUGGCAGCCGGGCACCGAGGCCGUCUGGUUCAAGGUUCAGGAGGAGGGCCGUGAGGGCACCUCCAACACCUGGGGUGCCACCCCCCUCAUGAAGGCCGGCAACUCGGGUGUCAAGUACACCAUCCCCGAGUGCAUUGCCCCCGGCCAGUACCUCGUCCGCCACGAGAUCAUUGCCCUCCACGCCGCCUACGCCUACCCCGGCGCCCAGUUCUACCCCGGCUGCCAUCAGCUCGAGGUUACCGGCUCCGGCAGCACCAGCCCCUCCGACCUGGUUGCCUUCCCCGGUGCCUACAAGCCCGCCGACGCCGGCAUCACCUACGACCCCUACAAGGCCUCCGAGUACACCAUCCCCGGCCCCGCCCUCUUCUCCUGCUCCGGCUCCGGCUCCGGCUCCGGCUCCGCCCCCGCGCCCUCUGCUGCUCCCUCUGCUGCCCCUGCCUCCACCGCCGCCCCUGCUGCCACCUCUGCUCCCGCCACCUCCGUCGCCUCUGCCGCUACCCCCAGCCAGACUGCUGCCGCUGAGGACGAUGAGGAGGAGGACUGCCCUGCCGAAGCUCCCUCCGCCACCGUCUCUGCCGCCGCCACCGUCCCUACUCUGAGCGCCGAGGAGGACGAUGAGUACGACUGCCCCGCCGAGUCUGAGGCCCCCGCCGCCACCACCACCGCUGCCCCCGUUGCUACCCCUACCCAGGCCGCCGACGAGGAGGAGGACGACUGCCCUGCUGAGUCCGAGGCCCCCGUCGCCACUCCCGUCCCUACCCAGACCGCCGAGGAUGAGGAGGAUGACUGCCCUGCCGAGUCCGAGGCUCCCGUCGCCACCCCUACCCCCACCCAGGCCGCUGACGAGGAGGAGGAUGACUGCCCCGCCGAGACCCCCUCUGCCACCGCCGUUGCCAAGCGCAUGGCCCUCCACGAGCGCCGCCUCGCAUAAGUUUUGAGUUCCACGAUGCCACCGAUUCCCUUUUUUGGUGUCUGGUCUCGAGAGGGUUGAAGCGGGUCUAGAUGAUGGUAUAGGAAGAUGAGAGAGAAAUGCCAUCUAUUGCUGGGCUCGGAGUGGGAUGUCUACGCUUGUUGACGCCCACGAUUCUGAUUCGGUCCUGGGACCAAUCUGUUUCAUGUACAAAGUCUUUCCUGUAUAUCGCUUUACAUAACGCAUAUAUCGUAACGAUAUAGACCGUACCAUUUGUCACGUUCACAUUCUGGCGCUCUUUCUUGACCAUCGU